AUGGCCCCGCAGAGAGCGGUGAAGCUGUCCCUGAAGAAGCCCACUUACGCUGUGUGUGUGGCGGGAGUCGAGACGCUGGUGGACAUCCACAGUGAUGUGCCCAAGGGCGCCAAGAACUUCGACGUCUCUGGGAGCUCCAAGUUGGAUAUCUUUGUGGCCUACGAUUCCACACGGGUGACAGAGCCUGCGGGCAAGGCCCCCUGGCCCCUGGACACCAGUGUGGAGGUCAUCGUUUCUGCAGACAAAGCCAGUAAGGACUUAAAUGACCUCAAGGUGAAGGUGGCCUACUUCGGGGAGGAGGGGGGCGAGGCCCUGGGCCGCAGCGUGCUGCUCCUCACCUGUGUGGAUGUUUCCCUGGACGUCGACACUGACCGCGUCGGCAAGGUCAGGAGAAGCGGCCGUGACAAGAAAACCUGGCGCUGGGGCCCUGAGGGCUACGGAGCCAUCCUGCUGGUUAACUGUGACAAGGACAGUGACAACUCCAUGGGGCCUGACCUUCAGAACAGCCAGCUGAUGUCCCUGGAGGACCUGCAGGACAUGUCCCCCAUGGUGCUCAGCUGCGACGGCCCCGACGAGGUCUUCCACAGCCACAGGCUGGUCCUGAAGGCGCCCUGGCCGGAUUCCAGACGGGUGCGGGUCUUCUGCACGCGCGGUGGGGAUUCGCUCUCCGACUACAAGCAGGUGCUGGGGCCACAGCGCAGGUCCUACGAGGUGGAGCGGCAGCCGGGGCAGCGGCAGGUCCCGUUCUACGUGGAGGGCCUCGCCUUCCCCGACGCCGAGUUCCCGGGCCUGGUCUCCCUCAGCGUCAGUCUGAUGGACACAGGGACCCUGCCGGAGGUGCCCCUCUUCACAGACACCGUGGCCUUCCGCGUGGCCCCCUGGAUCAUGACCCCCAACACCCAGCCCCCUCUGGAGCUCUACGUGUGCAGUGUGGUGGACGCUCACGGCUCAAAUAAAAAGUUUCUGGACGACAUGGCCCACCUGGCCUCGAAAGCCAGCUGCAAGCUGGUCAUCUGCCCGCGGGUGGACAAUCGGAACGACCGCUGGAUCCAGGACGAGAUGGAGUUUGGCUACAUCGAGGCCCCUCACAAGUCCUUCCCCGUGGUCUUUGAUUCUCCCCGGAACAGGGGCCUGCGGGACUUCCCCUACAAGAAGAUCCUGGGUCCUGACUUUGGAUAUGUGACCCGGGAGAUCCUGUACGCUGGCCCCUCGGGCCUGGAUUCCUUCGGCAACCUGGACGUCAGCCCUCCCGUCGCCGUGGGCGGCCGGGAGUACCCCCUGGGCCGGAUCCUCGUUGGCGACUGCUUCCCCAAGUCCGGCGGGCGGCGGAUGGCCAAGGUGGUGCGCGACUUCCUGUGGGCCCAGCAGGUGCAGGCGCCCGUGCAGCUCUACUCGGACUGGCUCUCCGUGGGCCACGUGGACGAGUUCCUGAGCUUCGUGCCCACCUCCGACCAAAAGGGCUUCCGGCUGCUCCUGGCCAGCCCCAGUGCCUGCCUCAGACUGUUCCAAGAGAAGAGCGACGAGGGCCAUGGGGAGGCGGCCCAGUUUGAGGGGUUAAAAGACCAGGCCAAGAGGAGCAUUAAUGACAUGCUGGCCGACAAACGCCUCAGGAGUGACAGCCUCUACGUACAGAGCUGCAUCGACUGGAACCGCGAGGUGCUGAAGCGGGAGCUGGGCCUGGCCGAGGCGGACAUCGUGGACAUCCCCCAGCUCUUCUCCCUGCAGGGCACCCGCGCCGAGGCCUUCUUCCCCGACAUGGUGAACAUGGUGGUCCUGGGCCAGCACCUGGGCAUCCCCAAGCCCUACGGGCCCCUCAUCAACGGCCGCUGCUGCCUGGAGGAGCAGGUGCGCGCCCUGCUGGAGCCCCUGGGGCUGCACUGCGUCUUCGUGGACGACUUCCUGUCCUACCACAAGCUGCUCGGCGAGGUCCACUGUGGCACCAACGUGCGCCGGGAGCCCUUCCCCUUCAAGUGGUGGCACAUGGUGCCCUGA